AUGGACUUUGUGAAAAAGCUCCGAAGCGGCGAGAUUCAGAUCGAUCUUGUCGACAGCACAGACGUCUACCGACUUGGCGACGUUUACUUCCGCGACGCUGCGAAGUAUACUCACGCUGAUUUUGAGUUCGAGCUCACCAAGCAAGUUGCUAAGGAUACCCCCUGGGCGUUUAAGAAUGGAGUUGCUACGAAGCACAUGGGAUCCGAUGAUGUCCAGGUUAUUCUCAACGGAAUAAAGAAUGUGAAGUGGAUCGAGGCAAAGCGUCGAGACUGGUGCUUGCUUACCGGUUCGACUGCGAUCGUUCCUCUAGAAAACAUGGAUUUUCCCGAGCAUCAUAUCAUGUGUGUUGCUGAAGCGAAGACCUUCUGGAAAGCUCCUGCCAAUCCAAAUGCAUAA